AUGUUUGGUGCGGUGGAUUAUCAAAUAAAUCAAGCAGUCAAAAAUUUAAAACCGCCAGAUAUUCCUUUGUGUGCCGAUGUUCAAACAAUGAUGAAAAUUGCAUAUAUAUAUGAAUCAACGGGAACGUUUAAUGAAGCGUUGGUAAAGAAUCACGAUAUAGUGGGAAUAUUUGUGGAAAAAAAUACUCUUUCCAUAUUAAAAGAAGAUCUGUUUAAGUUGUUUCAUCAAUAUGAGAAACCCAUAGCACUUGUCGGAGGAGAAUUGGAUAAUCCUCAAAUUAUAAAAGAUAUGAUUCGUUAUGGGGCAGAUAUCUUAUUUUCAGAUAGACCAGAUGUUUUAAGACAAACUCUAGAUAGUGUAGCACAGGAAAAAAAAUAG